GCUUCACGUGCUGCAGCUUGCACUUUUGUACGCGCGCGUGUACAUUGAGGCGUGCGUGUUCACGUGUGUACGUACAGCCGGUGUACUCCAGCCCAAGUAGCUGUAUCUGAACCUUUAUAUAUACAGUCUAUGAUCUGAACCCCGCGCGGACGGAGGGAGCACAGAGCUGGAAACAUCAGGAAACAUCAGGAUGUCUGCAGAGCGAAUGGAAAAGAAGAAAACGCUCGACCUGAGGAAGAAGCAUAUCGGGCCGUCCUGUAAGAUUUUCUUCAGCCAUGACCCCAUCAAAAUCAUUCGAGCCAAAGGCCAGUACAUGUACGAUGAAAAAGGACAGCAGUACUUGGACUGCAUCAACAACGUGGCUCACGUGGGCCACUGCCACCCGGAUGUGGUGAAGGCAGGAGCUCAACAGAUGGAACUACUCAACACCAACUCACGAUUUUUGCACGACAACCUGGUCCUGUACGCCCAGAGGCUGCAGGACACGCUGCCCGACAAACUGUCUGUGUGCUACUUCGUCAACUCUGGCUCGGAAGCCAACGACCUGGCCCUGCGACUCGCAUGGCAGUAUACGGGCCACAAAGAUAUCAUCACGCUGGAUAACGCGUAUCACGGCCACGUCUCGUCGCUCAUCGACAUCAGUCCGUACAAGUUCCACCACGCGUCAGACACUGAGCUCAAUCAAUCUGUCCAUGUGGCUCCCAGCCCAGAUGUGUACAGAGGCAAAUACAGGGCGGACCACCCUGACCCUGCCACCGCAUACGCAGACGAAGUCAAAGAUAUUAUUCACGGCGUGCAUGAGAAAGGAGGCAAGAUUGCCGCUUUUAUUGCUGAGUCACUGCAGAGUUGUGGCGGGCAGGUCAUUCCCCCCCCGGGCUACUUCCAGCAAGUGGCAGAACAUGUGCGAAAGGCCGGGGGCAUUUUCAUCGCCGAUGAAGUGCAGGUGGGAUUCGGGCGUGUCGGCAGCCACUUCUGGGCCUUCCAGCUUCAGGGAGAGGACUUUGUGCCCGACAUUGUCACCAUGGGGAAGCCGAUCGGGAACGGACACCCCAUGUCCUGCGUGGUCACAACCAGAGAGGUGGCCGAGGCCUUCAUGUCCUCCGGGAUGGAGUACUUCAAUACAUUUGGCGGUAACCCCGUGUCGUGUGCCAUCGGCAUGGCGGUCCUGGACGUGAUAGAGAAAGAGGAUCUGCAGGGGAACGCCCUGCGAGUGGGCCGACACCUGACCCGUCUGCUGGAGAAGCAGAAGGAGAAGCAUCCACUGGUGGGAGACAUCAGGGGGCGUGGCCUCUUCUCUGGGAUGGAGCUUGUGAAGGACCGGCUGAAGCUCACGCCGGCUACAGCCGAGGCCCAGGAGGUCAUUUACAGGUAAGAG